UCAGCAUCAAUUUACUGCAGCGUUGAGCGAAGAACAACAGAGCAGGCAAGCAAGGCCAGCACAAGAGCAGCAGAAUGAAUGCCAAGCCGCCACCGCAGCCUCCCCCAAAAGCAGCAGCGUCUAACAGGAACUCACAAAAGGACGGCCGCACCGAUUGCCGGCGCAAUGAGACAUCAUUAUUGGUGGUGUGCCUUGCUGGAGUGAUACUGGGAGCACUGGUAUCUGGAUUGGUGAUGGCCCUGCUUAGCACCGCGGAGUCGUCCAUGUCCACACGGACAAACGACAGUGCAGGCAAUCCUUUCGUAUGCACUACCAAUGACUGCAAGGCCCUGACACAGUGGCUGAGAGUGAAACUAGACCAGAAAGUCGACCCUUGCGACGACUUCUACAAGUUCGUGUGCGAUGAUUACUCGGACGAGGCUGCUCUAAAUAAAAUGAUAUUCGAGAUCGCGCGGAUAGCCCAAUCUGCCGCUCAUGCCACUACUGUCCCGGCCACCGGACAGUCUGCCUGGCAGAAAGCGGUGGCUCUCUUCAAAUCCUGCAUGUCGAUGGUCACCUCCAAGCGUGACGAGACCAAAGAGCUCACAGCGUGGAUGACUUCACUUGGCCUGGACCUGAAUAAUCUGACAGCUUCUGACCAAUUUGACGGGGUGGACAUGCUGGUGCGCCUAUCACUCGACAUCGGCAUCCCAGUCUUUAUUUCGUUAUUGUUGGAUAACGACACCGUGGUAAACAACAGGCGUUUAGUCCAUUUGUCCAUAAACAACGCGGAUACGAAUUGGCUUAUUAUGCGACAAACGAUUUUGCAAACAUCACCGAAGGAGAAUAGACGCAUCCACUUGAUGCUGCUGCAAAAGUAUGGCGUUGACAGCAGCCACAUCCGAAGGCUUUCUGUCGAAAUCAACCGCUACGAGAAUCAGCUUACGUCUAUAUUGGAAAAAAUCAACUUGACGGAAGAUAAUGUCGCUGUGGUGCGUGGGCCCAUUCAAGACAUGGGCGCGUUGACAAAACCCGUCGUUACUGGAGAAAUGUGGGCUGGAUCAUUUGCGAAGCACACGAAAAAUAUGUACCGAGGCAACGAAAUUAUCAGCUACCAGAGGUUCGACUUGGUCUGGCUGGUGAAAGCUCUCAAGUCCAAGAAAUUUGGCUGGCGCGGAAUGCGAUGCUAUAUGGCCUGGAGCUUGUUCUGCCAGCUGGUAUCCUACACGGAUCCCGUUUUCUUGAAGCAGAACCAAGCGACUGAAGACGUCUGCUACAGUCAUACUAGCACGGUAAUGGGGUUCGCUAUGACCAGCCGGUUUUACCAUUCGGCGAAGGACCGAUGGAAGAAGCAAGCGUACUCCGAAAGUUCCCUUCACCCGUCCUCACUGAUCAGCAAGGAAACAUUCAUGGCGGCCAAUGAAAUGGCUUCGAAUAUUCGCAAGGCCUAUCAAGUGGCGUUCCAAUCGUCAAGCUGGAUGACCGGAUCUUUACGCGAAACCGCCCUACGAAAAAUCACAAAUAUGCAGCAUCACAUCGGUGCCAUGGGAGCACCGCUUGACAGCGCCUACGUAGAGAAGUAUUACGCGAACUUUCCGGAUUUGCCCACUGACCGGUUCUUCAAAGCUUGGCGUGAGGCCACAGCCGCAGCCAUUCACCAAGCCUGGACUGACACAACGAUGCUCUUGCAUUCGGCGACCGAGGUGACCGCGAAUUACAGGCCCUACACUAAUACGAUGAUCAUCCCGGCAUCGAUUCUGCUUCCUAACACCUUUCUCCCUGACGGUCCCGCUGCCUUCAACUACGGUAGCAUUGGCACGAUUAUUGCUCAUGAGAUGAUGCAUGGCUACGACGUCAAGGGAUCACAGUAUGACGAGAACGCCAAGGAGAGGCAUUGGCUGUCACCUGAAUCGGCCAACCACUACGUGAACAGGAUGAUGUGCUUGCGGCACUUUCACAAGGAUGAAGAAUCUAACGGGAGCUCACAAAAGGAAGACCGCGUCGAUGGCCGGCGCUAUAUGGCAUCGCUGUUGUUCUUGUGCCUUAUCGGAGUGGUGCCGGGAGCACUGGCUUCUGGACUGGCGACGGCGCUGUUUAUAUCCUCGCCGUCAUCCGUCUCUCCAGCGACAAACGAUAGUGCAGCUAAGCCUCUCCCAUGCACCACGAAUGACUGCAAUCACCUGGCGCAGUGGCUGAGAGUGAAAAUCGACCAAAAAGUGGACCCUUGCCAUGACUUCUACGAGUUCGUGUGCGAUGAUUACAAGCGUGAAACUAGUUUACGGAAAUUGACACAGGAGAUCGCACGCAUUGGGAAAUCUGUCGUUCGCACCACCACCGUCCCGGCCACAGGACAGACCGCUUGGCAGAAGGCGGCGGCACUCUUCAAGGCCUGCUUGACGAUGGUUGACUCCAAGCGUGACGAGACCAAGGAUCUCAUAACGUGGAUGACUUCACUAGGCCUGGAUCUGAAUAACCUGACACGUUCCCACCAGUUUGACCCGCUGGACGUGGUGGUGCGCCUCUCGCUUGAUUUCGGUGCCCCAGUCUUGCUUUCUUUCACUUUCCACCCGAUCAUCGUGGUCAACAAGAAACGCUAUGUUAUUUUAAAUCUAAACGAGGCGGAUAUGCAAAGGCUUAUGUACCUCGCAAACGCGGGUAUGCGGGGGACCAUAGGACCCACUUCGAAGCUGCUCCAAAAGUACGGCGUUCAUAGCAGGAGACUCGCACUACUUCAGGCCAGAAUCAUCGAAUACGAGCAACAGCUUCUUUCAAUACUUGCAUCGAUCGCGGGGACGAAAGGAGCAACUGAGGUCGUUAAUGGAUCCAUUGAAGACAUGGGCAAAGUGACAGAACCAGUCAUCAGCGGUGAAAUGUGGGCCGGAUCAAUUGCAAAGUACACGAAUGGAUUGUACCAAGGCGGCGAUACGAUACGCUACGUAAAACUCGCACCCUUAUUUCUGGCAAAUGCCCUCAAGUGGAAACACGUUGCCUCACCCGGAUUGCGGUGCUAUAUUGCCUGGAGCCUGUUUGGCCAAAUGAUAAAUUACACGGAUCCCGAUUUAUUGGCGAAGGACAAAAACCCUGAAGACGUUUGCUACGGGCACGCCAACAGGUUAAUGGGGUACGCUAUCACUAGCCGGUUCUUCAAUUCAGUGAUCAGCAAGAAGACAUUCGUGGAGGUGAAGGCAAUGGCUUCCAACAUUCGCAAGGCCUAUAAAGCGGCAUUCCGUUCGUCAACGUGGAUGACGAGGUCAGUACGGCGAACUGCCCUACGAAAAAUUACGAAUAUGCGGCCACAUAUCGGUGUCAUUGGAGCGCUGCUUGAUGGCGGCUACGUGGAGAAAUAUUACGCGAGAAUUCCAGACUUGCCCACUGACCAUUUCUUCAAAGCUUGGCGGGAGGCCGCAGCAGCAGCCAUUCACCAAGCUUGGGCAGACAGUACGAUGAUUCUUAAUAAGGAGACUGAGGCGAACGCGUUUUACCUGACCAAGUUCAACAUGAUUUUCGUCCUUCCAUCAAUUCUGCUUCCCAACAUCCUUUUCACGGACGGUCCUGCUGCCUUCAACUACGGUAGCCUCGGCACGAUCAUUGGUCACGAGAUCAUGCAUGGCUACGACGUCAACGGAUCGCAGUAUGACGAGAACGCCAAGCUGAGGCGUUGGCUGUCGCCUGAGUCAACCGAGCACUACGUGAACAGCACUCUCUGCUUGCGGGACUUCCACGUAGAUGUCCUUCGCCGAAAGCAAGAAGUCCUAAACGAUACGGUAGACUCGGAAAACCUCGCCGACUUAGUGGGAACAACGAUGGCAUACUCCGCGUUUAGGUCCCUGCCCCCCUCGAAGAGAGACACCACGCUGCCCGGCGUCACCAUGACACCGAACCAGCUAUUCUUCGUUGGCCAUUGCACACCAUGGUGUGAGACACAAACAACGCAACCGGCGCCCUGGCUCUCUGGCCGCAAUCGCUACGCACCUGGCCGCUCUCGGUGCAUCGUGCCUCUCAUGAACAUGCCCGAGUUCUCGGAUGCAUUCAACUGCAAGCUGGGGUCCGACAUGAACCCGCCAAACAAAUGCAAUUUCUGGAUUUGAAAUUGCGACAGCCAGCGCGUUCGUUGUGUCAUUCUGUACCUUUCGUUUAAUAAAAAUUCCAUGUUGUGGCGGCAAGCUGA